AUGUGUCCUAGUCCCAUUGAUUUGGACGACCGCGAUUACGAAUACAAGUGGCCUGUGAAUCUAAGCGAGCUUUCUCAGGCGUCUGGCAUGAAGCCUUCAAUCACAAAAUGGACACCAUGGGAGACGCUUGAUAUGACCCCAGAAGAACCCAAAGGCGCCAGCGAAACCUCGGGACUGAACUCCACUCAUUUCCCAGUCCCAGUGCCAGAGAGGGGGCGCGCCAGCACGGCACCCAGUCCGGAUAACGCAGGCAACCCCCGGGGAAACAAACGCCGCACUCCCGAGACUGCGCAAUGGAUCACCCUUUGGAAAUUGCGACAUAAUCUAUGCCUGCUCUACAAGAAGUUCAUCGAUACUGCCCAGGCUUCCAGCUUCCCGAAUUCUCGACGGCUGAAGAGAUUAUACAAGAACGCGGCACACAUGCUCCAGGUUGGGCUGUCCACGUUUCAUGGCAUUCAGCAAGGUAUUCUUCCAAGGACUCUUCCGAAAGUCCUCGCAUUUGUGUGCGUCUCGGCUGUCGUUUGGAGCGCGACCAAGCAGAAAGACGGGGGACAGGCUUGGGAAACCCCUUCGACGGCCUUCCCAUAUGGCGCUCCGCAAUUACCGACGAGCGAGACCGGGGGUCUACACAAAGACGUCAACUCGGGGCCGGCAUCCACGGCAACUCGGGACGUCGCAGAUGGGAACCUGCCAGCCUGUGACUUCACCGAAUUCGAUCCCCUUUUCAUGCCUCAAGAUUCAGACCUACGCAACAAUGAUAGACUUGGAGCUUCACUGUUCCGCAGCAACACUACAGCAACCAACACGAACAAUCUCGAUCCGCUCCCAGAUCCACUUUUAGACAGCUUCCAGUUUCAAGUCGAACACCUGCUCUCCGAGGCCGCGUCCGAUGACGAAAUCAGAUUUGCCGACUUCUUGAACAUUCCGGGCCUUGAAGAAACACUCCCCUGGGGCGUGCCAAAUGUGUCGGCACCGGGUCACCGAGCUCACGAAGGACAGCAAGAUUUCAACCCUCCAGGAUAUGGGACAGCCUACAGGGGACAAGCGCAAUCCGAAACGCACUCCGGGAUGUCGACCUCGCCCAAGGGCAACAAUGGGUCAUAUUGCUCAAUUGAUACGGGGUUACUGGGCGCUAAAAACUCACUCUCGAUCCUCGGCGAACGCUUUGGCAAGCAGCUGGCUACAACCUGCAUUACCAUAUUCCAGACUGUGCUGGAGUUUUUAUGCUGCAUGGCUGGAAUUGGCACCGUCCUUCAUAUUCUGUCGGGAUGUGGCACCCGGCAGCUUCAAGGAGAAGCAUCUCCUGGUGACUCCUCCGGGCCUGCCGGAGAGUUUCUUUCCGACGUGACAAGAGGAGUUUUUGAGCCCCUCCGCCAGACACUUUCAGACCGAAGUUCAGAAUUGCUCGGCAUUCUCGGCAUGACGGAAAGCAUGGUCAAGAGCGGAUGGAUAUGCACGCUUCGAGAUGUUGAGUCCUACGUCAUUCAAGUCGCCCGGCACCUGGCCAGUUCACGAGACUCUUUUGUCAGCCUCAUUAGAGCAACGCUGUCUCAAUGCUUGACGUGCUCGUCAUCACUGACGUGGGAUCAAACCUACGGAGACGGCGCCUCGGAUGCAGAAGAGUCUCUACCCACUAGAAUUAGAGAAAAGCAAGGCACUCUACGGGAGCCAUCUACACCUGGCUCGCUGCCCCCCUCGCCGCCAGACCUGAUGAAGUGCCCGCAUGCCGGCUGUACCAAGUCGAAACGAGGCCAGGAUCCACACAUCAACAUGCGGCGCCACGUCCGCUGCGUGCACGAGACCAAGGCGUGGAAGUGCCCGAGCUGCGAGCUGCGGACGGGCCGCCGCGAUAACCUGAGGCAGCACUUUCGCAAGAAGCACUUUGGGCAGCGCAUGCCCGAGUGGUUGGCCGACAAGAGGCGGAUAGGCUUCCUGAUCAGACAUGUAUAG